UAAAGACAAACCCGGCCGAGCUCUCCGACCUCACGUCUCGCGAUCCCGCUUUCUACAUCUUGAGCAUCAAAGCAAGCAAUUGCCCGCCAUGACGAUUCAGCCGACCUAUCUAGCGCAGAGGACGCGCUCCUCGGUCAACUGGAGCGAUGCCAAAAAGCGAGUCCUCCACUCGUACCGGGACUGGAUACGAAGCGCGCCGGAAAUCCAGUCCAUGUACUCGCUUAACCUCCCAGUGUCAACGAUCCGCACAAAGAUACGGCAGGAGUUUGAGAGACAUAGAUACGUUCAACAACUCCAGACGGUUGAUGUCUUGCUCUUCAAGUCUCAUAGCGAGUUUCAGGAGACCUUGAACUACUGGAAACAAUUGACGCACGUUCUCAAGUAUUUCAGAACGGAGGAAGACCCAAAGGCAAAAUUGCCGCGCAACUUCAUUAGCGGUUUCCUGGCGGGACGUAACUAAGUGUUGAUUGAUCGCUAUACAGAGAAGUACUGUACAUAUUCAUUUAAUAGCGCAGUCGGCAUCAAUUCAUUACGUUCCCAUAUACUUAAAAUUCUCCAUUCUCUUGACCCUAUCAUUCGUCGCUGAGUAACUCUUUUACUUUUCUUUAGUAAACGCUGUGUCGCUUCUGCGAGACGCAGUGCCAAGAGGACCACGGGUGAAAGCUCUCUAUACCACGAAGCUGGAAUAAGUAAACUCGUAGAAAUUGAGAAGCGCAGCCCAUGUCUUUCAGUAUUUUCCUGCGAAGAACAUAUCAUGCGCCGUUCAUUUUCGAAUGAUACUCCCUCUGUGCGUCUUCGAACUUCUCAAUUACCACAUCACAUAGAUCCAUCAAAUCAUUUAGGCCCUUCUCUAGCACAUCUUGCACGUUCACGCCAUCUGUAGCUAUACUUCAGCGC